AUGUCAGGAACCCUUAUCAGCGACGUGCUUUUCCGCACUAUAACUUGCAGACCGCUGCAUCCUACCUUCGGGGCUGAAGUGGUUGGUGCCCAUUUCAACAACAUGUCAGAAGAACAGUUGCAAGAGAUUAAAAGUGCAAUGGCCAAAUAUAACGUGCUUGUGUUUCGCAAAGCAAACUUGACUGAUGAAGAGCAUAUUGAGUUCUCCCGAAGGUUUGGCGAGUUAGACUAUCUGUUUGACGUCAGCAACAUCGGUGAAGACGGCAAAAUCGUAGACCCUGAGUCACCCCGUGCGUACUUUAGCAAAGGCAACUAUGUGUUCCACAGCGAUGGUACCUUCAACCGGCAACGAGCAAGCUGGUCAAUCCUACGUGCUGUACAGCUACCUCCUCCAGGUACUGGUGGGCAGACCGAGUAUGCAGAUAGUCUGGCCGCAUGGGACGAUCUAGACGAAGAUUUGAAACAUGAAUUGCUUGAAAGGGACUUGAUUGGUUGCCAUUCGCUCUUGCAACUUCGUAAGCUUGGAGCCCCUGAGUACUUUAAGGAUGUCAACCCCUGGAGUUCGCCCUUUAUGCGCUUUCGAAUCGUUUCGACCCACGAACCGUCUGGACGCAAGACUCUCUAUGUCGGCAACUACCUUCACCACCUCGAGACUCGCGAUGGCACGCCUCUACCAGAAGAAGAGAACGAAAGACUGAUGAAGAAACUGAUUGGACAAGUGACACACCCAAAGAAUGUGCUGUCAGUAGACUGGCAUGAAAAUGGAGAUAUGAUUGCGUGGGACAACAUUUCAACAUUGCACCGUGCUACUAGAGGCAGUUUCGAGGGCAAACACUUUCGCGAUAUGCGUCGAACAACCGUCAAGGAUAACAGCAAGGAUGCUUGGGGGCUAAAUCCGCGGGAUGAAAUGGAAGGUCAGAACCUCUCUGUAACAAGAAAGAUUCUCUUCCUGACGCGGUACAAAAGGUUGAAGGCUGAGCACCGUAUACGUCAGAAGGUAAUGAUCACCGCGGGGCAGUGA